CUGAGUGUGCUAGAAGACAUUGGAGAGUUCUUCAGUUCUUUCUUUUCAAGUUAUUGGUGUUGUGUUUAGAGGAGAAAUUGUGAGAAAAAUGGCUCUCAACUUUAUCUCAUGUGCUGAAACCAAGCCCUUUUCAUUCUUCCAAUUCCAAACCUCCAAGUCUAACUACAACCUUAGCUCUCUCAAACUCCAAGGUGGGGUUGCAAUGAGGAGAAAGGAUAGUGGAAUGAGAGUGAAAUGUUCAUCGCAAGCGGCGGCGGCGCCUGAACCAGCCUGGCCGGGAAGGGCCGUGGCGGAAGAAAGCCGCAAAACUUGGGAUGGUCCAAAGCCUAUCUCAAUUAUUGGAUCAACCGGCUCUGUUGGAACUCAGUGCUUAGAGGUGGUAACAGAAAAUCCAGAGAAAUAUAGAGUGGUUGCACUUGCAGCAGGUUCAAACGUCACUCUUCUUGCUGACCAGGUCAAAACAUUCAAACCAAAGUUAGUUUCAAUCCGGGACGAAUCCUUGGUUGAUGAACUCAAAGAAGCUUUGUCUGAUCUGGAUGAAAAGCCUGAAAUUAUUCCUGGAGAACAGGGUUUGAUUGAGGUUGCCCGGCAUCCAGAUAUUGUGACUGUAGUUACCGGAAUAGUUGGGUGUGCUGGGCUCAAGCCGACGGUGGCUGCCAUAGAAGCCGGGAAAGACAUUGCUUUGGCGAACAAGGAGACGCUCAUCGCCGGCGGCCCUUUCGUUCUCCCUCUUGCUCACAAGCAUAAUGUCAAGAUUCUUCCUGCAGAUUCUGAACAUUCUGCAAUUUUCCAGUGUAUCCAAGGCUUGCCAGAGGGUGCUCUCAGACGAAUUAUUUUAACAGCUUCAGGAGGAGCCUUCAGGGAUUGGCCAGUUGAAAAAUUGAAAGAUGCAAAAGUAGCUGAUGCUUUGAAACAUCCCAUUUGGAGCAUGGGAAAAAAGAUUACAGUGGAUUCUGCCACUCUAUUCAAUAAGGGCUUAGAAGUUAUUGAAGCUCACUAUCUUUUUGGGACUGAUUAUGACAACAUUGAAAUUGUCAUUCAUCCACAGUCCAUCAUCCACUCCAUGGUUGAAACACAGGAUUCGUCUGUACUGGCACAAUUGGGGCUGCCAGACUUCCGUUUGCCUCUCCUUUACACACUAUCUUGGCCAGAUAGAAUUUACUGUUCUGAGAUCACUUGGCCACGCCUCCAUCUUUCAGAGAUUGGGUCAUUGACAUUCAAAUCCCCAGACAAUGUGAAAUACCCAUCAAUGAACCUUGCUUAUGCUGCUGGGAGAGCAGGAGGGACCAUGACUGGAGUUCUCAGUGCUGCAAAUGAAAAAGCAGUCGAACUAUUUAUCAAUCAAAGAAUCGGAUACCUGGACAUAUUCAAGAUAGUGGAAGAGACGUGCUCGAAGCACAGAGAUGAGAUGGUGGAGUGCCCUUCACUUGAUGAGAUUAUACAUUAUGACUUGUGGGCAAGGGACUAUGCCGCCACUUUGCAAACCUCCACUCCACUCAACAGCUCACCCCUCCCAGCUUUAGUAUAAUAUAAAUUCAUAUCUUUUACUAAUGCUCUUGGAGCUGGGGACUAAAUUUGUAUCUCUAUGUUUUUUAAUAUGAGUGCAUAAUAGUUAGGUGACUUUUAUCUUGAAUGGUAAAAUUGUCAUUCACUA